GGAUUGGAUCUGGCAAGGCACAAACUUUAAAUGGCGGCCUCGUGUUCGAACGCACAGUUCCCCGGGUCUGGCAUCGGGGUCCCGCGCCGUGCGUGAAAGUGGAGGUGGUAGAAUGGUGCAGCCAAAGCAUUCUAGGAUCACGACUCGAGUACUUGGAGCACCGUGACCGGCUACAUUGCCUGCAAAGGUCCCAGAAGUUUUACAAAUCUGAAGUCAUCUGCCUUCCUUCAAUAGCAGAAAACGGUCAGCCGCAAUACAAUAUUUGCACUUUCGCUAAGAUCAUCGCCAACCAUGCCACAAAUCUUGAAGCGUCCGGCCGACAAGACCGAUGCUGCAACGUCGACUUCUCUUGACGUGCCAAAGAUUGUCAAAGGCGUCAUCGAUGACAUUCGCGUCCGUGGUGACGAGGCUGUUCGGGCAUAUUCGAUCCAAUUCGACAAGUGGUCGCCGGACUCGUUUCGACUAUCAUUAUCAGAGCUUGAGAAGAUCAUAGCCACGGUGCCAGAGCAGAUCAUAGAAGACAUCAAAACAGUUCAAGCAAACGUCAGAAAGUUCGCGCUUGCGCAACGUAAAUCAUUGGUCGACUUUGAGAUGGAAAUACGGCCAGGUGUUUCUCUGGGUCAGAAGAAUAUCCCCAUCGCUGCUGUGGGCGCUUAUAUACCUGGAGGGCGCUAUGCCUUGUUAGCUUCGGCUCACAUGACAAUCUGCACAGCCAAAGCUGCCGGAGUACAACGAGUCAUCGCCUGCACUCCCCCUCUUCAGGGCAAGAUCCCUGCUGCUACAGUCGCCGCAAUGCAUCUGGCCGGUGCCGACGAGAUCUACAUCUUAGGUGGUGUCCAAGCUGUCGCAGCCAUGUCCGUUGGCACUGAACUUAUCAAGAAAGUGGACUUCGUCGCCGGGCCAGGCAAUUCAUUCGUUGCCGAAGCCAAACGACAGCUUUUUGGGGAGAUCGGAAUCGAUUUGCCCGCUGGACCCACGGAAAUUUUGAUCGUGGCAGAUGACAAAGCUGAUCCAUUCACAAUUGCGACGGAUCUACUAUCGCAGGCCGAGCAUGGCCCAGAUACGCCGGCAGUAUUAAUUACAACAUGCCUGACCGUUGGACAGAGGUCCAUAUCAGAGGUUGAAAGACUACUUGAAAUUCUACCAACCGCGCAGCUGGCAGGCACGUCGUGGAAGAUGCACGGUGAAGUCAUUGUCGUCGACUCUUUGGACGAGGCUUACCGCCUCGCUGAUCAAUUCGCCAGUGAGCAUGUUCAGAUCCUGACAGAAAACCCCCGUGAGGCUCUUGAGAAGAUGUCACACUAUGGCGCGCUCUUUUUAGGAGAGAAGACUUGCGUAUCAUAUGGUGACAAGUGUAUCGGUACCAAUCAUGUCUUACCCACCCGUAAUGCGGCCAAGUUCACUGGGGGCUUAUGGGUGGGCAAGUUCCUGAAGACUGUGACUUACCAGGAGGUCAAGUCGAACCAGGAGAGUGGAAGUCUGGGUAGGCUCUGUGGUCGCGCUGCACGGGCCGAAAAUUUUGAAGGCCAUGCUCGGUCUGGAGAUUUACGGGCAUAUAAGUACUUGCACGACAGCUUUGAGUGGAUUGACGGGUCUCCGAAAGCAAAUGGCGUCCAUGCUUAGGUAUCAAUCUCAGAGUAACCACAUACCCUAGCAAGA